CCGGGGCCUCCUCCCGAGCCGGAGGAUGGUGCGGCACGUCUUGCGGAGGGCUCUGAGGACGCUGCUGGGCCGGCUGGGCCGGCUGGUGGCCGGCCACCCGGUGCUGUUCGCCUCGGCGCCCGUGCUGCUGUCGGUGCUGCUGGGGGCCAGCUUCAGCCGCUACCGGGUGGAGGAGGGCGUCGACGGGCUGCUGGCCCCCCGCCACAGCCUGGCCCGCAUCGAGCGCCGGCUGGCCGACAGCCUCUUCCCCCUCAACCGCUCCCGCCACCGCCUCUUCUCGCACCUGCACACCCCCGGACGCUACGCCCGGGUCAUCCUCGCCUCCCCGCGCAGGGCCAACCUCCUCGACCGACCCCACGCCGACCUCAUCCUCCAGCUGCACUCGGCCGUGACCAGGAUCCAGGUGCAGCGCCCGGGCUUCAACUACACCUUCGCCCACAUAUGCGUCCUGAAUAACGACAAGACCUGCGUGGUGGACGACCUGGUGCACGUGCUGGAGGAGCUCCAGGCGGCCCGGGCCUCCAACCGGACCAACUUCGCCAUCACCUACCCCAUCACGCACCUCAAGGACGGGCGGGAGGUGUACAACGGCCACCAGCUGGGGGGCGUCACGGUGCACAGCAAGGAUCGGGUGCGGUCGGCCGAGGCCGUCCAGCUGACCUACUACCUGCAGGCCCUCAACUCCCUCAACGACCUGGUGGCCGAGCUGUGGGAGGCCAGCUUCUGCGACACGGUCCGCCUCUUCCAGAAGGCCCACCGCAAGGUCCGGCUCUACCCGUACACCUCGGCCUCCCUGAGGGAAGACUUCCAGGAGACCAGCCGGGUGGCCGAGCGCUACCUGGUCACCGGCCUGGUCCUGGUGGCCGGGGCGGCGGUCCUCUGCUGCUCCAUGCAGGACUGCGUGCGCAGCAAGCCUUGGCUCGGGCUCCUGGGUCUGCUCACCGUGGGCCUGGCCGCCCUGACCGCCGCCGGGAUCGUCAACCUGACCGGCGGGAAGUACAACUCCACCUUCGUGGGCGUCCCCUUCCUCAUGCUAGGUCACGGCCUGUACGGGACCUUCGAGAUGCUGUCCUCCUGGAGGAAGACGCGAGAAGACCAGCACGUGAAAGAGAGGACGGCGGCGGUCUACGCCGACUCCAUGCUCUCCUACUCCCUCACCACCGCCAUGUACCUGGUCACCUUCGGCAUCGGCGCCAGCCCCUUCACCAACAUCGAGGCCGCCCGCAUGUUCUGCUGCACUUCCUGUAUCGCCAUCUUCUUCAACUACCUCUACGUCCUCUCCUUCUACGGCUCCAGCCUGGUGUUCACCGGCUACAUGGAGAGCAACCACCAGCACGGCGUCUUCUGCCGGAAGGUGCCCAAGCCGGACGUCCUGCGGCAGAAGCCCCCCUGGUACCGGUUCCUGAUGACGGCCCGGCUGGGCGAGGCCGCGGCCGAGGCCGAGGAGGCGGGGGCUCGGCGGAGCCAGCUGCUGGGGUGCCUCCUCCGCCGCUACUACUCGGACUGGAUCACCAACACGUACGUCAAGCCUUUCGUAGUCCUCUUUUACCUGAUCUAUAUCUCCUUCGCCUUAAUGGGCUACCUGCAGGUCAGCGAGGGGUCCGACGUCCGGAACGUCGUGGCCACGGCGACCCGCACCACCGAGUACACCGGCGCCCAGCAGAAGUACUUCAGCGACUACAGCCCGGUCAUCGGCUUCUACGUCUACGAGUCCAUCGAGUACUGGAACGCCAGCGUGCAGGAGAACGUGCUGGAGUACACCAAGGGCUUCGUGCGCAUCUCCUGGUUCGAGAGCUACCUGAACUACCUGCGGAAGCUGAACGUGUCCACGGGCCUGCCCAAGAAGAACUUCACCGACACGCUGCGCAACUCCUUCCUCAAGGCCCCGCGCUUCGCCCACUUCUCCGAGGACAUCAUCUUCUCCAAGAAGGCCGACGACGAGGUGGACGUGGUGGCCUCCCGGAUGUUCCUGGUGGCCAAGACCUCGGAGACCAACCGCGAGGAGCUCUACCGCCUGCUGGAGACCCUGAGGAGGCUGUCGGUCACGUCCAGGGUCAAGUUCAUCGUGUUCAACCCCUCCUUCGUGUACCUGGACCGCUACGCCUCCUCCCUGGGGGCCCCGCUCCAGAACGCCUGCGUCAGCGCCCUGUUCCUGCUCUUCUUCUCCGCCUUCCUGGUGGCCGACGCGCUCAUCAACGUCUGGCUGGCGCUGGCCGUCGUCUCGGUCGAGUUCGGGGUCGUCGGCUUCAUGACGCUGUGGAAGGUGGAGCUGGACUGCGUCUCCGUGCUCUGCUUGAUCUACGGCAUCAACUACACCGUCGACAACUGCGCCCCGCUCCUGUCCACGUUCGUCCUGGGCCGGGACUUCACGAGGACCAAGUGGGUCAAGAACGCCCUGGAAGAGCACGGGGUAGCCAUUUUCCAAAGCUACCUCUGCUAUCUCGUCGGUCUCAUCCCUCUCGCAGCUGUGCCUUCUAAUCUGACCCGUACACUGUUCAGGUGCUUGUUUUUGAUAGCCCUCGUCACCUUCUUUCACUGCUUCGCCAUCCUACCCGUGAUCCUGACGUUCGUGCCUCCCUCCAAGAAGAAGAGGAAAGACAAGAAGAACCCGGACCACGGGGAGGAGAUCGAGUCCGUCGAGAUGGUCGACAUGGCCGGCACCCGGGUGGUGGACCAGAUCACCACGGUCUGACCCGGCGGGCGGCCGUGGCCCUUUCACCCUUAGGUCUUACGGCGGAGGGAGGAGACGGCGGCGAGGAGGCUUCGCCCUUUAAUUUGCGAAGCGAGAGCCGAGCCCCGGGGGAUAACCGGAGACCGCGGAGAGGGACGGUCGAGCACGGUGUGUUGUCCGUUCCUUGAAAUCCUCCGAAACCGAGGGGCACGGCGGGCCGGGGCCG